CACGCUGUCAGGAUGACGCGGUUCUGUAGGAUGCCCAGGCCGAGCUGUGAACUAAACGUUUCCCGUCACUGAGAGUGACCGGCUUGGUGGUCGGGAUGGCGGAACCGGGGCGCCCUGCCCCCACUGAUGCUUCUCUGCAGACACGUGUGGAGGAACUGGAGAGAUCGAAUGCUGAAUAUCUUCAGAUAAAGGCGCAGCUAGAGCAAGAAUUUAAUCAGAAGAGGGCGAAAUUUAAAGAGCUGUAUUUGGCUAAAGAGGAGGACUUAAAACGGCAGCAUGGUAUCAUUCAAGCAUCCCAAGAAGAAAUAGCUCAGCUGAAGCUCCAGCUAUCACAAGCACAAGGCGAGAUGGAGAACAUCAAAGCUAUAGCUACAGUGUCUGAGAGCACAAAGCAAGAAGCCAUUGAUGAAGUGAAAAAACAAUGGCAGGAAGAGGUGGCUUCGCUCCAGGCUAUUAUGAAAGACACUCUGCGAGAGUAUGAACUUCAGUUUCAUCGCAGAUUGGAGCAGGAGCGAGGCCAGUGGGGGCAGUACAGGGAGUCUGUUGAACGGGAAAUUGCAGAGCUUAGGAGGCGACUUUCCGAAGGUCAGCAAGAGGAAAACCUGGAAAAUGAUAUGAAAAAGGCCCAAGAAGAUGCUGAAAAACUUCGAUCUGUAGUGAUGCCCAUGGAAAAGGAGAUUGGUGCAUUAAAGGAGAAACUUUCUGAAGCUGAGGAGAAGAUAAAGGAGCUUGAAGCGUUUAAGAUGAAGGAAAUGAAUCAUUACCUUGAAGCUGAAAAAUCCUGCCGUACAGACUUAGAAAUGUAUGUAGCUGUUCUGAACACUCAGAAGUCUGUCCUACAAGAGGACGCUGAAAAGUUGCGGAAAGAGUUACACGAAGUAUGUCAUCUCCUGGAGCAGGAGAGGCAGCAGCACAAUCAGCUGAAACACACAUGGCAAAAAGCAAAUGAUCAGUUUCUAGAGUCCCAGCGGUUGAUGAUGCAAGACAUGAAACGUAUGGAGGCUGUAUUGACAACGGAGCAACUUCGACAGGUUGAAGAAAGGAAGAAGAAAGACCAGGAAAAAGAUGAACAGAGAAAUCGUAAUCGAAAAGACCGAAUGCAAAGAGUGGAAGAGGACGCAAAAGUGCUUGGAACAAUAACUCGCAAUGAAAUUUUUCCGAACCUCCACAGCCAAGAGGGUCUCUUGAAUAGUUCUCAUGGCUCAAUCCAUUCCUUAGAUGCUGACUUGGCACUACAUGAAGGAGAAGGUUUUGGUAAACAAGAGGACUUAUUCAAAGAUGGACUUCGGAGAGCGCAGUCUACAGACAGUCUAGGGACAUCCGGGCCACUGCAGGCAAAAACUCUGGGUUAUAAUAACAAAGCCAAAUCAGCAGGGAAUCUUGAUGAAUCGGAUUUUGGCCCACUAGUUGGAGCUGAUUCUGUCUUGGAGAAUUUUGACACUUCUUCCCUUGGAUCUUUGCACAUGCCAAGCGGAUUCAUGUUAACCAAAGAUCAGGAGAAAGCAAUCAAAGCCAUGACUCCUGAGCAAGAGGAGACUGCUUCACUCCUUUCAAGUGUGACUCAGAUUAUGGAGAAUGCCUAUGUGCCUCCUUCUGGUUAUCGUCUGGUCAGCGAGACAGAGUGGAACUUACUCCAGAAAGAGGUGCAGACGGCAGGUAACCAGCUGGGAAGACGCUGUGAUAUGUGUUCUAAUUAUGAAAAGCAGCUGCAAGGGAUCCAGACGCAAGAGGCAGAGACUAGGGAUCAAGUUAAAAAACUCCAAUUGAUGCUGAGACAAGCCAAUGACCAGUAUGAGAAAACCUUAAAGGAAAAGCAAGAACUUGAGGACUACAUGAAACAAAACACAGAUGAGACAACGAAUCAGAUAUCAACCCUUACACAGAGAGCUCAGGAUUCAGAAACCAUGCUCACAGACUUGCAGCAAGCUUUCUCUCUGGCAAAGAGAAGUGUUCAAGAGCAAAUGGCUGUUCUUAUGCAGUCACGGGAGCAGGUCUCUGAAGAGUUGACUAGGUUACAGAAGGACAAUGACAGUCUUCAAGGAAUGCAUGGUCUGCACGUGUCACUCCAACAAGCAGAAAACUUCAUCCUUCCCGAUACCAUUGAGGAAUUGCAUGAAUUAGUUUUAAAAUACCGUGAAGAUAUUAUUAGUGUCCGUACAGCAUCAGACCACCUUGAAGAAAAGCUGAAAGCAGAGAUUCUCUUCUUAAAAGAGCAAAUUCAGGCCGAACAGUGUCAGAAGGAAAACAUAGAAGAAACACUUCAAAUUGAAAUAGAGAAUUGUAAAGAGGAAAUAGACAUCUUAGAAGCAUCGAUAUCAAGUUUAAAAAUUGAGUUGGACAGGAUAAAAGUGGAAAAAGAGGAGCUGGAAUCCCGCUUGCAGCAUAAAACAAAAGAACUUCAGGAUGUUCAAGAACUGAAAAUCUCUUUAGAAGAGCAGCUUAGUAAAGAGACAUCAAGCAAGACCAGCCUAGAGGAGUUGUUCUUUGAAGAAAAGAACAAAGCACAGCGCCUACAAACAGAGCUGGAUGUUAGCGAGCAAGUGCAAAGAGACUUUGUAAAGUUGUCGCAAACUCUGCAGGUGCAGCUGGAACGUAUCCGACAGACCGAGUCAUUAGAGGCAAUCCGUGCCAUCCUGAAUGAUACAAGACUAACUGACAUUAAUCAGCUUCCCGAGACAUGACACUCCUGUGUCACACACAUCUAUGGUUGCAACUGAGUUUUUUUUUUUUUUAAAGAAAAACUCUUCUUUAUAGUAACAAUUAAUUAUUAUUUAACUCUUCUCCCAGAUCAGGGGACGUGGCUGUAUGUGAAUAAGAGCACUGAAUAAGGGAAUAAAUCAUAGUGCAGGUAGACGUCUUGAAAGCUAGGAGCAAAAUCUUUCCAUGAGGAACACUAAUGAAACAUGUUGCUUUCUCUGACUAAACAGUGCUGUCUCUCCAAUAAUAAAAAUCUGCGUAUUUUGUCUUUCAUUUUACUUUUGGGUUACACAGGCAAAGUAAAAUCUUUAGGGCAGAUUAUGGAGGACUUUGUGAUGGCCUCUACAUACACCAUUCUGCUUGACCCGUCCGGUAUGGUGGCAGCACACGAAGCCCCUCUGUGGGUUACUUUGGCAGGCUUAUUCUGCACAUUAUAAUCUAAACACUCUUUAGACAGGAAUGCCCAUCUGUAAUUGAAUUCCAACCUCAUGGCAAUUUUGGGAUCUAUCAUAUGAAUAUAAAUCUAGUUAUUACAAAGGUAUCCAAGAGACAAGAUGGCGAAAAAAAAGGGUCUGGUGCAGACAGUAAUGUUGAGUACAUAUAAUGGUAUAUUAGUACUCAUUACUCGUUGGCUGCAGGUCAGGAUUUGGAUUUGCAGUGACUGAGCAUUCACGUAUGAAGAACAUUAGCAAUACCAAUUCCAAUAUGCAGUGUUUGUUUUUUUUAAAAGGACUUUGAGCAAAUCGAGUAGUGGUGUGGUCUGAUGCUAAUUCUGUCGUGCAGUAAAUAGACUUGAAAACAGAUUUUUCUUUCUGUGUAUUGCAGCAUGCACUGCCAGUUUAAUGUGUACAGCAGUAACAGUGAUUCUGUCUUGCAUGCCAUGUUAGUUUUGUACAACAUAUAUAGUAAAUGCUCAUGUCAUACUUCUGCAUUUGUCUGUGCAAAGGGUUCAUUUGGGUUCACUUAUCAUAGAUGGAUAUGAUACUGCUCCAUUCCGAUCCAUAUGGCAGCCAUAAGUACUGAUGUAUAAUUAUGCAGAGGGAACCUGUCACUGUGACAUACAUCGACUCCCAUUAGAGAAGGUGUCCUAAUAACAGUAGCGCCACACUCUGGGGGAAAGCAAUCAAACAAUCCAUGAGGUAUACAAAGACUGUAUAUUACAUACAGAGUACAUGUACCAGUUUACUGUUACUGGUGACUCUGAUGUGCUCUCUAUGGUGUGACAGAUUCUUGGCCAUCGAUUUUAACACCCAGUUCACAUUUUAGUAGCCACAUUACAUAGCCUUUCAUUAUAUUGUGUUAUACAGCAGUCAUUACAAUAAGCCGGUUAUAUAUUUUUCUGUGAAACAAUAGUUUUAACUUUUCAGUAAUAGUUUACAGAUAUAUAUUUAUAACGCACAAUUGUUUGAAUAUAUUACAAACGUUGCUAAUAUGACAAAUUAUCAAAGCCAUUAGGUUCUUGUGAAGGAUGAACCUAACCCUGCAAGAGAUGAUCACUUGAUAUUACGGUAUAAUCAGUGCACUGGUGGCCAGUGAAUGGCUCCAUGGUCUACAGGAAGAGCUUGUAUGCAAAGCAGUACAUCUCUUGUUGGGCUGAGAUGAAUAAGCCAAGUGGCUCCUCAAAUUUAUUGAAAGGACGUUUUGAUUAGAUGUUGAAUGAUCCCUCCAAGCCCAGUUUGUAUAAAUUGUGUGCUGUUUGCCACUGC